AGUUUUUGACUCAGCAGGGCCCGCCUGUGAAUGUCAAGCAGCUCCAGGAGUGAGAAACAUGAAUGUUCCGAAAUCUUCCAAAGUAAGUACGUAAAAACAAAAAUUAGCAAAAAGAAGUGAGGUCUUCAAGCCGGUAGCAUCAGUCGUCGCCGACGUGUGGGCUUUUGUUGCAGUGUCACAGGUAAAUUCUUUCACGUUCCAGUUUUGUUCCAGUUCCAAAGUUAAUCUGAUUGAACAUGGCCCCUUCGUCGAGAACGACGGAAUCCCCUGUCCCUGGGCUUCUUUUUUUCGGUGUGCCCUGGUCGGAACUGAAGGUGUGCUUGGUGUGCGCCUUCUACUUGAGCUUGAACUUCGUGCUUUUCGCGCUACCCUUUGCCUUGUAUGGGGCUAUCAGUGUGGAAAGCCGAGUCUGUCAGUUGUUCUGGGUUGUGGUCCUGCUCGACUAUGCUGUUCCCCUGCGGACCCCCUGUGUGUGGCCCGCGUGGUGCCAUUUUUUUGACGACAUUGAGGGCAAGCGGACUUACUUCUCCGCGGAGGUCAUCGAUGAGUUCACGUGUGCGGAGACCGCGGCUCUGCUCGAGCUGGGUACUACAAGUGGUGCAUCAACGUCCUCGCGUACAACCACUGCCUCUGCAAGCGAAAGGAAAGGAACUUCUUCCUCAACUGAACAGAAGAUGGCGGUGGAAACUGGUGUCGUGAAUGAGGACGAUGCGCCGUCGCUGGAUCUGAUCCAAGAGAGGAUCCGGUGCGCCAUCCAGAGCAAAGGAGCAGCGCCCAACUUUCUGGCCGUUUACCACCCGCACGCGCUUUUCGGGAUCGGCCAUUCUCUGAUGGCAAAGGAAAUGUAUGAGAAAUACGGGGUUUUUAUUUCAAUACAAGGCGGCCCGGCCCCAAGCAACGUGAAGAAGCAAGUGUGUGUGUGUGUGUGCGUGUGUCUACCUACAUUCGCAUGGACUUUUGAUAUAAUGAAUUGAAUCCACCAGCACGCGCGUGGGGACGUGCUGUUUUGCAUGAAAGAAAAGCGUUGUGCUUUGGUUCAGAGUGGAUCUUUGCUUCCAGAGCAGCUUCAGCUUUGAAAUAGGUCUGUCUUUAGGACCCAGCAGAUGCCAGAAAACAAAAGUACUUGGUCUGUCUUUAGGACCCAGCAGAUGCCAGGACCGACUGGCAACGCGCUCAGAGUGAGAGAAUGUAUCCGCCUCAGCUACGCGAGGCCUGUGGAGCAUCUGGCCUAGUUUGGUCCGUGGAACGCUCGUCGCAGCCGGUUUAGCUCGGAGCUAGACCAUCGCGAGCCGCCUUCAGCAUCUAAAAACAUUGCCCACGCCACUGCAGCCUCCCCUGUGGCAUGCCCGUCGCGUCCGAUCGGCUGCGUGUGCAGCCCCGGAGCAUACGGCAACGGGACGCCAAUACAGGGCCACGCAGCGAGCGCGCAAAGAUGUUCGAGACACGAAGGCCCGCGACUGCCAUGCGCCUCCCUGCCACCUAGCACCAGAAAGCCAUGGGCCCGCGUCCGGAAGAUUGGGCUGCGCCCCGGAUGUUUCUCACUUACGCGCGUGGACGCAUGCAGGGCCCUCGCAGGGCUGGCGCCUGCGCCUUUCCCGUGCGUCCGCGUCUGCCCUCCGGUUGCUGCCGUAGAGGUUGCCCCGACAUCGGGGGCCUGCUCGUAGUAGACCCCCCCCCUCCUCCUCUCUCUGUCUGUGAAGAGCUGGAGUAGUAGCAUCCGCUAGAAUGCAGGAUGCAUGAUGAACGUGGCACAAGGCUUGUAGCCCGCCGCCGACAUUGGGAGACCGUGGCAAAAUCAAUCAACACGACGCUCGUAGCGAAGACGCAUUGAUGCGGCCAUCAGGAACAUGGAUAUAGAGCCCGCCGGUGCGCUCUAAGUCGCCCCCCCAGAAAAAGGCGGCCCAGGCACCUCCAGGAUCCUUCUUCACCUCUUGCGACGUUCGUCCACAUCACGAACGCAGAGGGUUCCUUCACACCCUUGCUCGCCCGUACUACGUUGGGUGGAUCGCUUUCCGGGAGACAGGGCCAAAUUUAGAGCACCACAAACCUCUCGCAGAGCCAGAAGGUUCGUUGCCAGGCUUCAGCACCUUUCGUCUGGCUUGGGCUCCUGGUGCUGCGUUCACCGUUGGGAGUAUAAUAACAUAAGAACAUAAGCCGACGCCGCACCAGCGGCAAGCCUCACGUGCACCAUCAGAAGUGCAGCAUUGGCCGUUUUUCGCGGUGUCUCACCAUCAGAAGUGCGAGCUGCGAGGAAUGGGGCGCACCCAAGCAAGCAAGCAAGCCGCGUGGAACGUGUAUGUAUGUAUGUAUGUUACAUACAUACAUUGUAUGUUCAGAGUGGAUCUUUCCUUCCAGAGCUUCAGCUUUGAAAUAAGACGAAGCUCCACCUAAAGAGUACGCUAUGCUGCAGCUGAAAGAGAAGUGGUGGACGAGUCUGAAGUACUGCCGUUGAAACACGGCAGCUGCACCCGCUGCGAGCUUUGCAGUGUAAGCAUUAAGUACUUUGAUCUGGUGGAGGGCCUCUUUUCAGACCGAUGGUUUUUCCGCUUUUUGCCGGUGCGGAUGUGUUGACGAAACUGCCACUUCUGCGCCGGUUUCUGGCCUGGUAUAAAGAUGAAAAGUUGAUGCCCAGCGCCACCCUUGCGAACGGUCACAGGCAAACCCAAACUGAAAUUCUUGUAUGAGUCUACUAACUUGGACGCAAGAAGAAGAACUAUGACUCUUUCCUACUUGUCUGGUUUCUGGAGACGCAAGGCAGCUUUUGUAUUAUAGCAGGUCCUCGCGGCCGCUACAACAACGCAGUGCCUAUUCAUCUUCCUGCCUUAGAAAUCUGCACUGUUGAGUGAUAAAUAUGAAAAUUAUAUGCGUCCAACAUCUAGUAAAGCGAGUGAUGUGUUGGGGCCAAUAAUUUGCAGGAUGAGCCUGCGCUGUCUCCUGGGGCAAUGAGGCCUUCAGUUUUUCAAUACGAUACCUAGUUCGGCUUCACGAAAGUCUCUGCUUCGGAGUUGCGGCGCAACCUUCAACGACCUUUCCCGGAGAACUUCCUCACACUGCUUCCGGGUGGCAUCACGGAAAUGUUCUACGGCACCGAAGGAGAAGAACAGAUUGUGCUCCGCAAGCGGCAGGGGUUCUGCAAGGUGGCUCUGCAAACAAACGCGUUUCUGGUUCCGGUUUACUGCAUGGGUGCGAAUCAGAUCUUCGAUCGCAAAUUCACGCACCGGUCUUUCUUCGCCCGAGUUAGUUCGAAGCUGAAAAUAUGCAGGAAAAAAUGAAACUAAGACAUCAAAGAGGUCUCAAAAUAAAUGCACGUAGUUCCGCAGCUUGCCUUCGUCCAGGGAGACCAACAUGAUGAAUUUUGUUUUCACCUCGCGGGAAUAAAUUAUACGUGAAUGUCUUGGUCUGGCCACGUAAUUUUGCGUUUCGUGACAGGGAUCUUUCGUCGAGAUCAAUGUGACACAGGUAUGUUGAAUGUGUAUCGACCGCUCUUGUUGAUACUGUUUUUUGGGCACUACUCGCGACCACAAGGAAGCCUGCGUUCUUGCAAUAUAUAGAUAUUUUUUGAUAUUAGACAAGUAUUGUCAUGCUCACGGCUUCAUCGUAUUCCUUUUCCUUGACUUCGCUCUCGUGUCUUACUGAUACUUUUUUUUUCGUGCAUUUUAAACGUCGCUGGUUUACUGGACCGACCGCUUCGGCAUUCCAUUCGGCCCGAUACCAUACCGACGGAAAUUGGUGGUUUGCAUUGGGUACGAGUGCAAAUAUGUCUGGGUCUGGAAGAUUGCCAGGUUGGUCAUGCAUAUUUUGUAUGACCCAUCAUGUUCAUGGCAUCAGCAUGAUGCCUGUAAUGCAUGACCUAGCAUCACAGAUGUUGAGAGGGAUCCUGAUGCCUAAUCCACAUGAGAAAAGCCCUCUCCGCGUCCGCGUAGCACAAACUGCUGGUCAUGCAAUACUACUUUUUUUAGAAUCUAAAGACGGCAUCACACACAGUUUGGAUUUGCAUCCUUCCAGACGCAAACAUAUUUGCAGUGCAUAUUGGGAAGCCGAUCGCUCCGGUCGUGAGGCACGACGGACAGCAUGCUCGAUCCCCUGGGGAAGAUCUCCCAAACGAUGGUUGCAAAGCGCAACAAGAGAACUAUGAUUUUACCUCACGACCACAAGAACAACAACAUGGAGAAACACCAGGGAUGGAAAGCCAUAACAUCGGCACGGAAGGCUUCUACCCCACCGCAGCACAGGUAGAAGACCUGCACACGCGUUAUGUUGCGGCGCUACGGGACUUGUUUGAUCGGCACAAGGAGAGGGCCGGAUGGGCUGCUCAUAAAGAGCUAUACCUGGAAAAUGAAUCUCUGCCGACGAUGAAUUCCCGCUGUAAAGGUGUGAAGCAGCAGUAGCAGCUGCGGUGCCGAGCUGCUAACUUUCUUCGGGAAUAAUUCACCAUUUGUGCAACAGGUGUCCACACUGCUCUCUCCUAGUCGGGUUCCAGUCUGUGAAGUACAGCGAAGCCGCAGCUGUUUACCGAGGGUUUCAGAAGUAAGAGGGUCCGCCGUGCCACCACAUAACAAAUGUCAGAAAUGCAAAACGGCUAAGUCUGUUACUCCAAAAAGUAUGGACGGUCAAGAGGUGCUCGUCGCUAUCACUUUAAUUAGAGAUCAUAGUGCCUAGCGUUCCAGUGUUUCUUAGCAUUGGUGUCAAGAUCGAUAUCGACAGAGGCACGCCCAAGAUGACAAAAGACAAAGAGAAAAACUCGCGCCAUCCACCUUGUGCAUGUCCACAUGAACGGAAUGAAUCAGAUUUCAAGAAUUCGAAGCAGGAGCAGCCAUCAUUUUUCAGCUUCGAAGAAUACACAGCCUUGAUGCAAAGUCUCUUCUUGCUGGUGUCAAAGUUACGAAUCUUAUUGUGAUUGACCGUCAUAACUAACAUGACAUUGUGCUUAUGCAUGAUAUCUGGGCUGAUCACAAUUUAUAAAAAUGCCUUCUGACUUGUUGAAACUUUUGACCUGCUUGACUUUUUUUGGUAUAUCAAAUCAAAAUGAAAAACAUGGAUGUAAAAUUGCAACAUCCUGAUAU